AUCAUUUCCAAUUUUCCAUAAGUAGAAUUCUUUCAUAAAUCUUUUUUUGAAGAACACAACGUAAACUAAAAGAGGAACACUCUCAUUCCUGAACAGCUUCUUCCCAAUCAAUCCAUUUCAGCUGAGAGAGAGAGAGAGAAAUUUUUCCAAUUAUAAAUAUUUGUUCAACUGAAACUCGUUCAAGCAACGCAGUCAUUUUGGUUCGAGAAAAGCUCCCACACAUUAGAUUUUGUUAUAAUUUCUCUUCGCAGCUGAAAGCACCCAUUUCUUAACGCCUCACGAGAUUCUUACUGUUAUUGCCGGGCCGGAAAGCCUUCGAGCAUACAGUUAUUUUCUCUUGUCUUCUCCACAAUAUUGCUGAUUGUGCAUAACUGCAUAUGGAUCCUGAUCAUACUGUUUUCUUCUUCAUUAGGCGUCAUUUCUUGAGGUGGAUUUCGUGUUUUACUUUUGCAAAAGGAGUAUUGAGUUUAUGAACUGUUCCUCAAGCUUGCAUUGUGUCAAUGGCUACCGCUCAAACAGUAUUACAAGUUUGUGGUGGAAAUGUACGUUGCCUUUUUAGUUCAAAGCCCCAUCUCAGCAGAUCUUGGUCAGGGUCUUGUUCGAGGUCUUUUGUAAAAUAUAAAAGAAGAAAGGCUGCAGCUUGUUCCAAAGUUAUCAACCACUUGUAUAGAUCAUACAACGAUGGUGCUUGCCAGUUUCCUCAUUCAGCUCAUGCCAACGUUACCCCCAACCGCUUAGGGCUCAGCAGAUGCAACUGUGAACGAGCUGAGAGUUUGAGAGGAUUAAAUGCGGAUACUGCAAAGGAGUACAAUGCAAUUAAUGGUAAUAGGCCUUCAGUAGAAUUCGACAAAAUCAAAGAGUCCAUCUUAGAAAAUGGAGCUCUUUCGUCCAACGGUGGCAUUCAUAGCAAUGGAACUAUACGGGAUACGUUGCAUGAGAGUAUCACGGAUUCUAUUGAGGAUGAAGCGUGGGAUCUACUGAGGGAAUCCAUUGUGUACUAUUGCAAUAGCCCUGUUGGUACAAUCGCUGCAAAGGACCCCUCUGAAUCCACCAAUAUUCUUAACUAUGACCAUGUUUUUAUCCGUGAUUUCAUACCUUCUGGCCUUGCUUUCCUGCUGAAGGGGGAGUAUGAUAUUGUUCGUAAUUUUCUUCUCCACACUCUUCAGCUGCAGAGCUGGGAGAAAACCAUGGACUGCCACAGCCCUGGUCAAGGGUUGAUGCCGGCUAGUUUUAAGGUGCGUACAGUGCCUCUGGAGGGAGAUGACACUGCAACGGAAGAGAUACUGGAUCCUGACUUUGGGGAAGCAGCAAUCGGGCGUGUUGCACCAGUUGACUCAGGACUCUGGUGGAUUAUCUUGUUACGAGCAUAUGGAAAAUGCUCAGGGGAUAAAUCUGUUCAGGAGAGGAUAGAUGUCCAGACUGGAAUCAAGAUGAUCCUUAGGCUAUGUCUUGCCGAUGGCUUUGAUAUGUUUCCUACGUUAUUGGUGACCGAUGGUUCUUGCAUGAUUGAUCGCCGCAUGGGCAUACAUGGACACCCCUUGGAGAUUCAGGCCUUAUUCUUCUCUGCAUUGCUGUGUGCACGCGAAAUGCUUGCUCCGGAGGAUGGAUCAGCUGACCUUAUCCGAGCAUUAAACAAUCGUCUUAUUGCAUUGUCGUUUCAUAUCAGAGAAUAUUAUUGGAUCGAUAUGAAAAAACUCAAUGAGAUAUACCGAUACAAGACUGAGGAAUACUCAUAUGAUGCCGUCAACAAAUUCAAUAUCUACCCUGAUCAAAUUCCUCCUUGGCUAGUAGAAUGGAUGCCUCAUACAGGUGGUUAUCUAAUCGGAAAUUUGCAGCCCGCCCACAUGGACUUUCGGUUCUUCUCUCUGGGAAACUUGUGGUCUAUCGUUAGCAAUCUUGCAACGCUGGAACAGUCACACGACAUAUUGGAUCUUAUCGAAGCUAAAUGGUCGGAUUUGGUAGCCGACAUGCCGUUCAAGAUAUGCUAUCCUGCUCUUGAAGACAAGGAGUGGCAGAUCAUAACUGGCUGCGACCCCAAGAACACGGCUUGGUCCUAUCACAAUGGUGGUUCCUGGCCAACUCUUCUUUGGCAGCUAACUGUUGCUUGCAUCAAAAUGGGUAGGCCCGAAAUCGCUGAAAGAGCCAUCAAGAUUGCGGAGAAACGCAUUUCAAAAGACAAGUGGCCGGAGUAUUAUGACACGAAGAAAGGAAGGUUUAUAGGGAAGCAAGCGCGGCUAUUCCAGACGUGGUCUAUUGCAGGAUAUCUUGUCUCGAAACUUCUACUCUCCAACCCUAACGCGGCCAAAAUGUUGACUACCGAAGAGGACUCCGAGCUCGUUAAUGCCUUCUCGUGUGCCAUCAGCAGCUCGAGUCCGAGGAGAAAACGCGGCCCGAAGAGUUCCCAGAAGACUUAUAUAAUUUGAGAAUAUUAGGUUAGCACUUCUAUCUGUUGCUGCAGCUUGAUUCUGCAGAUGCUUAUAUUUUUAUUCUUUCAAAGCAAGAGUGAUUAUUUAGUUGCAUAGUAUUUCUAGCUUUGAUAAUUGAACAUAUAUAUGUAGUGCUGAAAAACACAAGUGAUGUUUUCAGAGUGAGUACAUAAAUUAUGUAAAGAUUUUCCUGUUAAAAGUAAAAUAUAAAAUUAUAAUUUCACUAUCUCA